UUUCCCAGAAGGCAAAGCGGCAUGGUGACGUCAUUGUCCCGCGACAACUGGCGCUGGACAUUGCUACCAAAAACUAAGAGGUAGCGUGUUAUUUUUUUCGGAGAGAUUUGCAUAUUUUAUAGGACAUUUUCGUGUUUUCAUUCGUCUCCUGGGGCUUUAACUUUCGAGAUGUCUCUGGCAGACGAGCUGCUGGCGGACUUGGAGGAGGCGGGCAACGAAGGUGAGGAUGGGUUGUACCCAGAAGGAGAGGAAGGCGACAGCGAUGGAGAAGCCUCCCAGGGCAGGAGCGACAGAGGGCUGGAAGACAUCCCCGAGGAGAUGGAAGUAGAUUACAGUAAAGCUGACAGCGUUGCAUCCAUCGCCAAACUCCGCCACAGCAAACAGUUUUCAGAUAUCGUAGAGAAGGUAUCGGGAUAUGUUGGAAAGCAGCGCAAGAAUUCAGACGUCUCAGGACCCGUGGAGGCCGACCCCGAGUACAGGCUCAUCGUAGCGGCCAAUAAUCUGACGGUGGAGAUCGAUAAUGAGCUCAAUAUCAUUCACAAGUUCACACGGGACAAGUAUUCCAAGAGGUUCCCAGAGCUGGAGUCUUUGGUGCCAAACUCUCUGGAUUACAUGCGCACAGUCAAGGAGCUGGGAAACAACCUGGAGAAGUGCAAAAACAACGAGAACCUGCAGCAGAUCCUCACCAACGCAACCAUCAUGGUUGUUAGCGUCACAGCUUCCACCACACAGGGGUCGCUGCUGAGCGAGUUGGAGCUGAAGCAGCUGGAGGAGGCAUGUGACAUGGCUCUGGAACUCAACCAGUCCAAACACGCCAUCUACGAGUACGUGGAGUCCAGAAUGUCCUUCAUCGCUCCUAAUUUGUCAGUCAUCGUCGGGGCUUCCACUGCUGCUAAGAUCAUGGGUAUUGCUGGGGGCCUCACCAACCUGUCCAAGAUGCCCGCCUGCAACCUGAUGCUGCUGGGAGCCCAAAGGAGAACUCUCUCUGGCUUCAGCAGCACCUCCUUGCUGCCGCACACUGGCUUCAUCUAUCACUGUGACGUGGUACAGACGCUGCCGCCUGACCUCAGGAGGAAGGCGGCUCGCCUGGUGUCUGCCAAGUGCACGCUGGCUGCAAGAGUGGACGGCUUUCACGAGAGCUGCGAUGGCAAGGUCGGCUACGACCUGAAGGAAGAAAUCGAGAGGAAGUUUGACAAAUGGCAGGAGCCUCCGCCAGUCAAACAAGUCAAGCCACUUCCGGCGCCGCUGGACGGGCAGAGGAAGAAGAGAGGAGGAAGGAGGUAUCGCAAGAUGAAGGAGCGACUCGGUCUGACGGAGAUCCGUAAACACGCCAACAGGAUGACCUUUGCAGAGAUUGAAGACGACGCGUACCAGGAGGACCUGGGCUUCAGUCUGGGUCAGCUGGGGAAGAGCGGCAGUGGUCGUGUCAGACAAGCUCAGGUCAACGACGCCACCAAGGCCAGAAUCUCCAAAUCACUGCAGAGGACGCUGCAGAAGCAGAGCAUGACGUACGGAGGAAAGUCGACGGUGCGAGAUCGCUCGUCAGGAACCAGCUCCAGCGUGGCCUUCACACCUCUGCAGGGGCUGGAGAUCGUCAACCCACAAGCCGCAGAGAAGAAGGUGGCCGAGGCCAACCAGAAAUACUUCUCCAACAUGGCCGAGUUUGUCAAGGUCAAGAAGGAAUCCAAGAUGUAAGAUUUUGUUUUGUUGGAUUUCUCCUAUUAAUAAAUGCUUUUUAAACUGAA